AUUGAAAUGGCUCAAUACACGGCUUCCUCGGUCCGCGAACACUCUCUUCACUCUACUCUCUUGUAAACCGGCACAUUUAAGUGAUUAUGUCAGUAGGAGCGAGUAGUAUGCGCGCGGCUCGCCACUGACGCCGGCAAGAUGAACGCCCGCGAUUUCAACUUCGAAAUCGCCAUGGACGGUAGCCAAGUGGACGAAGUGGUCGCUAGCAUAUUCCACACGGUUCUCUUCCACCGCUCGAGCGGGAAAUUCACUUACAACAACGAGGAGAGCUACUCCAUACGGACCGUCAACUAUGUGGACGUCGAUUGCGACUUCAUCGACUUCACGUACGUUUGCUGCGCGUCCGAAACCCUAGUGCGCAGAAUUAAGAGAGAGAUCUCCAUAUUCUCUAAGCUCCUCCGCACGUUGGACGGCCGACCGUCCCCGGCCAAAGGCGAGAUCAGCCUCGAAUUCUUCCAGAAACAUCGAACGAGGUGGUUCUUACCCACGUACGUGCCGGUCCCCUGGGAGAUAUGGCGGGUCAGUUGCGAACUCACGGAGUCCGGCAACGACCAAGAUAUGCACAGCAAACACGAAAGCGUCGUCGAAAUGCUCCAGGAUCAAAUCGUUUUUAUUACUGAAAUAAUUAACCGACACGAAUACGUGCCCAAGAUGCCCAACCGGUCAGACGCCGAUCUCAUCUUCGAUACUUCCUACCCGGAUAUCCAGCCGUAUCUAUUCGCGAUUAAAUAUAAAUUGCCCGAAACUGAAUCUAACACGGUUGGCAACACAGUUCGUAAACUUAUUAGAGAUACGUUGUCUUUGUGAUCGUCGAUAACGUGGUGUGGCUGCGUCCAAUUAUUCGCGAUUGCACGAACGACGCUGUUCGUCUCAUUGCCAUUGUAUUGUUGAUCGAUGCUGUUCAAACGCUUAGAUUUAGUCACAUUUGUUUAAGUACAUUCUAAAUUUGUUCGUGCAAUUGUUAUUAAUAAAGACGAGACCUCGCUCUCUACUUGAGAAAUAGAAAUCUUCGAUUAUUCACUCGAUUUUUGUGAUAUAUCGAUAUAAGGCGUAAUCGAUUUAUGACUACCGUGUGAAACGAAAUUUUGGACUAUGAAAAAAUUAAAUCCUAUAUUAUUUUGUGAAGAAUUUAUUCUUGAACGUGCAAUUGUUUUCGUCAAAAAUUGUUAAUAAGGUUUUUAGGUAAUAAAGCUAUAUCUGUGAAAUAUUGCUAUAUUUUAUUUAUAUUAUUGUAAAUGUACUUAGUCAUUACAAUUAAAAUGCAAGUUUAUUAAAUUAUUUAUUUUUAACUUGUCCUUUAGUUUCGUGUUAUAAUUUGUUUGACAAUUGACGUGUUUUAUUUUAAUUCGGUAGACGUAUGUGUUUUUGUUGUGUUUAGGCUUAAUCAAGCAAUAGUCACGUAACUGUGAAAGCUGGUUGAAGUGUCCACUUGUGUUUAUAUUCGACUGUCUCAUUUACUUUAAAUAAGUUUAUAUGCGAAGUAAAUUAAGCCAUGAUUGACGACAUGUAAUUUUAGAUGUAAACGUAAUACUAAUAAUGUACAUACAGGUAUUAAUUUUAAAAUCGACUUAUACUUCAUUUGAAUACACAUUAGAGCCUUUAAUCGUUAUUAAGAGUAUAUUAGAGGAUCCUUCAGGAUUCGAGUGUAAUGUAACACAGUGUGAUGUAGUAUAGACGUUGAAUAACAAUUUAUUAUUCUAAUAACUUUGUUAUUAUGCUAGAGGCCCUUGCGAUUCGAAUUGUAUAAUUAGAAGGGCUAUUUUCAUUUUAUAAAUGUAGUAUAGAAUUAAAUUUAAUGAAAAGCCUACAAUUACAUUUUAAAAAUGUGUACAUAAAUGUAAAUAUUUAUAUUUUAAUAUAUUAAUGUAAAGAUUUUCUCAUUCAAAUUAUUCUUCGUAUGGUUGGAAAUUUGAGAGCUUUAUGAUACUAACAUUCUGCUUAGUGUAUUGUAAAUUGUAGAAUUUCGAAUUAUUAAUACUAGAAUAUUUUAUUUUAAAUCAGUGUGAUAUAUAUACUUGGAUAAUUUGAAAAUAAUUUAAUUUAAGAUGGUGCAUGGAUAGUAUGUUAGUGUAGAAAAAAGAUAAAAAUAAAAAAAAAUGAUUGUGUGUUCCGAAACAGUGAAAUUUUGUCGUAAUGUUAGAUAUAAAUGUCUAGCUAAUCUUAGUCUUUAUUUUCUACUCGUAACAAAAUCCAUAGGCUUAAUUCUAUUUUUCUAGCUAGCUAACACAAUUAUGUUGAUGAAUUAAAAAUAAUACUUACUACUAUUUCAUUCAAUGUUUGUCCAUUUAAAAAUUUAACAUAAAACGGUUUUACCUAUGACGUGGAGUAUCAGACAUUUUUGAUUAAGGUGUCUGGGGAAAAGAAUAUCUUAGAAAUAACUUAUUAUUUUAGUUACUGACGCACUAUAGUUAUAACCAAAAAGUUUUAUUCCAACUUGACAUACAUACAAAGAAUAAUUGUUUCCGUUAAUCAGUUUUAUCUUAAUAACUCAGGCCACGGAACCACAGACACAAUAGUAAAUCUAUUGUGUCUGGGACCAAUUGGGCCGCUUGGGGCUCAAUGGGUUAAAAAUACGGCGCAUGCUCCUCAAAUCCCCUCGAUGUUUCCAUGUACAAUGAAUCCAUCCAUGAACUUAUAAUUAUUUACUUUCCUACCUCAUUUUGUAACUAGCUGUAGUUUAUUCGCAUCUCGAUUGAAUCAUAGUUUUCCUAUACGUCUAUUAUAUUUUAUUGACUAAUUAUCACCAAAGAGAAGGCUGUACCUUGCGAUGAUAAUUCGACCAUUGCAAUUGGUUUGUCGCUUCUAUUGCUUUUUUACUCCAUUUUAUAUUAGGUAGACCCUUUUUGACUUCUUUUGAUAGUGUGUAACAUCGAAAAUAAAUUUCAUAAAUAUGCUUGGGACGUUAUUGCAGGUUUAAAAUUAAUAAACGAAUGAACAAUAAUAACGACCUAAAAUUGCUUGUGUGUGAUAAAGCUUGGAGUAAGAAAGAAAUGGAACAUUAAUAUAAAUUCAUAUCAGUGAGUACCUUAGUAUCGAAUGUUUUAAAACUUAAUUCAAAUUGAAUUUGGUGGUGAGACAAUAUAUUUUAUUCUAAAGAUACCUUAAUCGUGUGCCUCGUUUAAAUGUUUACGUCGCACGUUGUAUAUAGGAGCACCUAGCUAUGGCCUUACUUAAAGAUGUUAUGACUUAUUAUGUAUGGCUGUUAUAUAUUUGUAUGUAUGUGGUAUGAGAUAGUAUAUGUUGUGAUGUAUCAGUUCAAAAGCAGGAACAUUAGUCUUGUGAUAAUUUAUAAUAUAAAUAUGUGAAUAAAUGAUGAAGUAUUA